GGUGAAGAAUGCUAGGAUUGAUUAACUGUGUGUCAAAAGAAACGAGAAAAGAUUUUGACACAUUUAGACAGAAAGGUUUUGCCAAUGACUUUCUUAAAAAAUGGUAUGAGGAAAUGAAUUCUUGGUAGGAAGAGACAGGCGGCAUGAUAGUAUCAGUGACACAAGAUGGAGAGAAAUGGAUGCAGUCUUGAAAGCACUGUGUUGAAAAUCUACAAAAUGUUUUUAUCAACAACUACAUGAAGACACACUUGGUGCUCAGGCAAGAUGCGGGACAGGCUACAGAUGCUGCAAACCAUUUCUGAGGAACAGGAUUAUGAUCCAGAGCUGAGUGGGCCAGAGUGGGACGCAGAUGGGGUGAGUCUGUCCCAAGAGGCGGUGGUGUUUGAGAACUGCUCCGUCACUGAGAACAUCCUGAAGGAGGCUUACUCCAUGCGCAAGGAGAUCUCCUUACUGCGCUUAGAGGUGGAGCGCCUGAACAGACAUAACGAGCGCUUUGGCACCAGUGUCCGCCGCCUCACCCUGCUCAAACAUGACUCUGACACCAUCGCCAGGAGGAUCCACCAGCGUGGGGAGGCUCUGUAUGCCCGCCUUGAAGCCCUGGGCACGCAGAGCCGCCAGCUGGAGGAGAAGGAAGGUCUUAACUCUGCUGUUUGCCGCAUUGCCCGUGUUCAGCAUGACACGCUCACCCGUGAAUUCCACGCUGUUAUGAGUGACUACAACAUGGCUGAGGAGAUGCAGAAGACAACGUGCCGUGGACGGCUUCAGAGGCAGGCUUCCAUUCUGGGCACUGACAUCACUGAUGACCAGCUAGAUGUGCUGGUGGACAAAGGGGGUGAGGGCUGGACUGUGCUGUCUGAAAGCCUGCACACACAGGAAGGGCGCACAUCCCGCUGGGCGCUGUGUGAGAUCAAAAGCAGACAUAAGGAGCUGGUAGAGCUGGAGGCCAGGAUGAAGGAAAUCCAUGAACUGUUCCUGAACAUGGCCAUGCUGGUGGAGGAACAGGGCUCCAUGCUCAACAACAUCGAGGCUAACGUGUGUGGCACUCAGGAAUAUAUCGAUAAGAUCAAUGUUCACAUCAAGAAGGCCCUGCAGUACAAGAGGAAGAACCCCUUUCGGCAGUGUUGUCCCUGUCUUCCUUGCUGGAGACGGGUUUUAUAGAGAAACUGAGCUGUUUCGUACCUAUGAAAUUAAAUUUCAGGAAUCUCUUUUAAAAAUAAGAAAUAAAUACUGAUCCUGUGUGUGUGUGUGUGUGUGUGUGUAUUAAAAAAAAAAGUAUGGACGACUGAAAAAAAUGUAUGCAAUGCAAUGGGCUUCAUUCACAUUUGGUAAAUCCCAACUU